GUCGGCCAUUUAACACAUAAUUUAUUUUAUUUGAAGUUCAAAUUAAAAUUAUUUGCAAUUCCGUUGAAUGGUGUUGAUCGGACUUGCCAAGGAGAGAGGAGAGGAGGAUAUGCAAGUGCGAGUUGAGUCUUGCUGUCAUUAGCGCAGCUAUAGUCUUAGAAGAGGACGCCGACUGCGAGCUCGACUGAUCCUCAGUGAAAACGACCUGCCCAGCCCUCGGCUUGUCCGAUUUCUUGUAGAUUUCACUCCUUUUAAGGUCUCCCUCUCCCUCCGCACUGCAAGCUUGAGUCUGGAAGAUAACUCAGCAUGUCAAGCAGAAAUAGGCAGCGUUUGCGCAAGCAAGACCCAGAAAGGUCUACGCCGACACCAGAACCCCCAAGUGGUCAAGCAGUUGGAAUGGAAGGUGAUGACAUUGCUAAGAAGGUCAGUGGGUCAAGGUCACAGAAAGAUGCAUCGUCUCCCACACCAGGGAAAAAGAAAAGAAUACGGCCCCCCAAAAUCAAGGUCAAAAUCCCCGAACCUCCCCCGCCAUCUGCACAACCCUCCACCACAGAGGUCGGAGCAGAGUUAGAGAUAUCUACCGCAGAAUCCGAGCUUCUGGAAUCUUCCAACCCGGCUUCCUUGGACUCGUCCACAGUGUCUCAGUUUGACUCCAGCAAGGAGGAGGUGGUCGAGUUGGGCGAGGAUGAGGGGUCCAAGGGUCUCUCUGGAAGCACGGGCUGUCUGUCGGGUCUUGGCGAGGAGGGCGGAUCAGAAGAGGGGGAUCAGCCGAUUUGUUCAUUAUGUGCUUGUGGAAAGAAGAGUCUACUAGGUCAGGGGGACUUAACACGCUAUGAACCUACACCAAAUUUCAAUCCUUUCAAAAAACAACUUGCCAAAGCUAAUCGUAGAAGCUCUUCUGAGCUGGAUGAUCGUUCGGGAGAAAAGAGUCCAAAACAUCUGACAUGGCGGCGUGCUCGUGGGCCCUUAAAACCAGGAAGAGAACGCAGUAAAUCCCCAAGACGGCCCAAUCCUCACAGUAUAACAGACGCUGAUGGCCGCCCAAUUGCCACAGUGGAUGAACUGAACACAGUGGGAUAUCCAGAAGACACAGACAUACACAGGCUAUUUGAACCCUCGGGUCACACUUCUGCUCACCACUGUUGUGCCGCGUGGUCAGACGGUGUGAUACAAGCCGAGGACUACACUCUACAAUAUGUGGACAAGGCUGUGUUUGCUGGAACCAGUCAGAAAUGUGCCUACUGCAGAAAGUUUGGUGCCACUAUCAACUGCCGCUACCAGAAGUGCAAUAAGAAGUACCACUACCCGUGUGCCUCAGGCGGAGGCUGCUUCCAAGACAUCAAGACCCUGUCCCUGCUGUGUCCAGACCACACUGACCAGGCAGUGUCCAUAGCUGGUCAGGAGGCACUGUGUGUGGUCUGUGACCAGGCCGGGGAUGUCCUGGAGCAGUUGUUUUGUACCAGCUGUGGCCAGCACUACCAUGGGACUUGCCUGGAUCCCCCAGUCCAGGUGAACCCCAUUGUGAGGGCAGGAUGGCAGUGCCCAGAGUGCAAGAUAUGCCAGACAUGCAGGCAACCAGGGGAUGACAAUAAGAUGUUAGUCUGUGACACAUGUGACAAGGGCUACCACACCUUCUGUCUCCGGCCAGUGAUGACCACCAUACCAAAGAAUGGCUGGAAGUGUAAGAACUGUCGCGUGUGUGGUGACUGUGGUUCCAGAACGCCAGGCAGCGGUCCCAGCUCCCGCUGGCAUCUCAACUACUCCGUGUGCGACAGCUGCUAUCAGCAGAGAAACAAGGGUCUGUCGUGCCCAGUGUGCGGCAAAGCCUAUAGGCAGUUUACGCAGAAAGCUAUGGCACAGUGCAUGACUUGUAAGAAGUAUGUUCACAACGACUGUGACAGCGCAGUGGACUUUGGAGCCUUUACUCCUCAGCAGCAGGCAGAGUAUGUGUGCUCUGUUUGCAAAGACAGACCUCCAGACGAUGUGCCGAUGGAGACCAACCUGACUGAGAGUCUGAACAGUAUGAUUGAGGAGACAGACCUGGUGGACAUGCAGGACUUCAGUAUAUUUCAACAGACAGAGGGGUCAGUCAACGAGGAGAGCCUGCAGGAGGCAGACCUGCAGAGUUCCCAGGAGUCCUUGCUGCUGGACGAUAACUCCAUGUCCAGUAUGGACAUUGAUCUCAACGUGCUGGAAAAGGGGGCAGCACAGUUAGCACAGUUAACCAAUCAGCAGUCCCCUCAUCUGUCCGCCAUGUUGAAAAGUGGCUCUGGGGCGGUGGCGGCAGCUUCCAAGAUAGCAGGGCCCGGCAAGGGGAAGCCGUCUUCUGUAGGGAAGAAGAAGGUUCCCAGCACAACCACUGGGAGAGCUAGGAGCACUGGUAAAAAGGCCCAGAAGCGCCCCACUGGCACAGGGGAGAAGAAACGUCCAGCGGUGAAGUUAAAAAACAAAGGUGGUGGCGGAGGUGGUGCCAGCAGUGGCGCCAGUGGAGGACAAGCAGCAGCUAGCACCACUCAGGUGAGCGCCUCCUCUAAUACAGACAGUGGAAAGGAGGAUGAUCAUCACUCCACUGUGGUGGUAUGCUCCAAGGACGAUGACUAUGUACUCAAACAGGAUAUGUGUUAUAGCUGUGGUAGCUAUGGUAAAGGAGACGAAGGCAAGCUGAUAGUGUGUACACAGUGUGGACAGUGCUACCACUCUUACUGUGUGCAGAUCAGGCCUACACAGGUGGUAUUGAAGAAGGGCUGGCGCUGUCUAGACUGCACCGUGUGUGAGGGUUGUGGGAAGCCACAUGACGAGGGACGUCUCCUUCUUUGUGAUGAUUGCGACAUCAGCUAUCAUAUCUACUGCUUAGACCCCCCUCUGGAUCAUGUGCCUAAGGGGAACUGGAAGUGUAAAUGGUGUGUUAUUUGUUACACCUGUGGCUCCACCACCCCAGGAUAUGGUGGUCAGUGGCAGAGUAACUACACCCAGUGUGGACCGUGUCAUAGCCUGACCGCGUGUCCAGUGUGCAAGAAACAUUACAAGGAGGAGGAACUCAUUAUACAGUGCUGUCACUGCGACAGGUGGCUACACAGUAUUUGCGAUGGAAUGAAGAAUGAGGAUGAUACUGAAAGGGCAGCAGACGCAGGUUAUCACUGUCUUAUGUGCAGACCUAAAACUGGGGCACCGCCUCCUCCUCCCCCACCUCCGCCACCCAAAGUUGAGUCCCUCCCAGCCUCCCCUAUCCACAAGGAGAUGGACACCCCAAAGAGCCCCUCGGUCCAGUUUGUCGUGGAUGGGAUAUGUCUGUCCGAGAGUGGCAUGGAGCAGAUUAAGGCGCUGACCGUACCUCCACCUCCAGCCAAAAAGAGACAGCGCAGACCUUCCAAGCUUCCUGGGGACUCGUUUAAACACCCCCAUAUGGCUGGUCUGCUCAGCCCAGGGGAGAAGUCUGAGCAAGGGGACUUCAUUGAAGGAAAAGAGUAUGAUCAUAUUAUGGAUGAAGAAACAAAAUCCAUAGCAGAAGAAACUGCCGAGAUUGCAGCAGUGAAAUCCCCUGAAGUGCCUGGGAUACCAGAAAAGAAAAAACGACAGAGGAAACCUUUCAAGCCCGGUGUAGGGGGCUUCAUUGCCAAACCUAGGGCUAGAAGUCACAUGAUCAAGAAGACAUUGUUGGCAAAGGCUGCUGGGAUAGAUCUACCUCAGCAGAGAGAUACCUCACCCACAAAAAUGGAAGGUGGAGAUGGGGAAGGAUUAGAUGAUAAAACAAAGAAAGCCAAAAGACAAAGAAGAAUAAAAAAGAAAAGUAACUUGGAAGAAAAUUUCCCAGCUUAUAUACAGGAGGCCUUUUUUGGCAAGAUCUUAUUGGACAAGAGCAAAACUCCUGACGAAGGUAGUCAGUUGGGUGGGGAAGCCCCUGCGGUGGCUGAGACAGGCGAGCAGUCCCCGCAGAAGGCGACCAGUUUAGAGCGCAGUGAUGGGUUCACUGUGAACAUCUCACCUACACAGGCAGCAUCAGCAUCAACAGCUUCCAACACACAGAAACAGCAGCAGCAACAAGAACAAGGGGAAGACCUAGAUGACCUGAAGGACAUCUUGGGUGGUGUUGACCUCAGCCACGAUGUCCAUGAUGAUGAGCUGAUGGACAUCUUGGACAGUGAGGACAUCUCUAAGGACGAGGAAUUGAUGGGUGGACAGCACGGGGAACAGGAUAUGGACAAGAUGGACGUGGAUAAAGUGCUGUCUAGUCUUGCUCAGAUUGACAGUAAAACAGUGGAGGAUUUAUUCAAAGGAGUCCUGGAACACAAUCCCCUGACUAGUCCGGGUGCUGAGGGGGAUGGUAACUUUAACCUUCCUCCUCUCAUGAGUCCCACAUUGCAGCAGCCUCAACAGUCACAGGGUCAAGUUCAGAUGGAAGGUCAAGGUCAGGCAAGGCCAAACCAAGGUCAGCGGCAGCCGGAGACUGGGUUGCAUGUGCACAGUCCAAUGCAAGGUCAGAGCAUGAUGCCAAUGCCACCCCAGUCGGGUCACGAUCAGCAGUUAAGGCUUCCAGGUCAUGGACCCAUGCAUAUGGGUCAAGGUGAAGGUCACAGUCCUGGUGGGAUGUCACCAAGGUCAGGGCCACCACCAUUUGGAAUGCCACCACACUCUCCUUAUGGAGCGGAAAUGGGCAGUGGUCAGUUUAGCCCAGGCUUUGCAGGGGGUCCAGCCACCCCCCAGUGGCCCCACCUUCCAGGUGACGACUUCGAACCAGACAGCGCCUCGCAGAACAAGCGCAACUUGGCCAAAUGGGAGCAUGAUGAGCCAAUGGGAGACAAGGCGACUAUUACACCGGUCCUGUACUGCAACAUCAUGCACCCUGAGCUGAAGACGCAGUACCCUGAGUGGUCUGAGAGGAUUAAACAGAUCACUAAACUGUGGAGAAAGGUCCCAACAGAGGAGAAGCAGCCAUAUUUGCAAAAAGCCCGAGAGAACAGAGCCAGCAGUCGACUCUCCAAAGCCCAGAAGGUAAAAAAUAUACAGGACAUCAGGAAGAAGCAGCAGGACCCCUCAGCUGCAGGAGGAAUGCCACCCCCUGGUAUGCCUCCCCCUCCCCCAGGGAUGCCACCCACGGGCAUGCUCCCUCCCCCACCCCCGCCCCACCCCCAGGCUCAUGUGCCGGGGCCGAAGAGCCAGGAGCAGUUGGAGAGGGAGCAGAAGUUUCAGGAGCAGGAGAGGCAGUGGAAGCUGCUGCAGCAGAUCCGGGCACAGGAGAGGAAGAUGGAGUUGGAAGCCCUGAACUCGGACAGUCCACGUGGGUCCAUGACUCCUGGGAGUACACAGGGUUCACCACACCCCAGCACUCCAGAGAGCCAAGGUGUGCCCCCAUUUGGGCCCCAACAACAGCAACAACAGCCUCCACCCCAGCAGCAGCAGUGGGACCCCUAUGCCAUGCCCCCAGGGACACCCAGACCAGGUAGUCAGGAUGGGGGUAACACCAACAAGCCAGACAACUUAAACAACCAGCCAGGGGCCUCUCCCCAGUACUCUCAGUCUCAAAUGGGAAUGCCCCCAGGAAGGCCUGGAGAACAGAGAAUGCCCCCUGACCCAUACAGCCAACCCCCAGGGACCCCACAACCUGGUGGGCCACAUCCGGGCCAGGGGAGGCCACAAGAGGGGUAUCCAGGCCCCCCGCCACAGCAAGCCCUCAAGGGCAUGCCUGAUCCGUAUGCCCAGCCCCCUCACACACCAAGACCCCCAGGACCUGAGGACCCAUAUGCCAGACAGCCAAUGACACCAAGACCACAACAACAGCAGCAGCAGCACCCUAUGGCUCCUCACAUGCAGGGCCCACCACAUCCAGGCCAUGGCCUGCCCCCAGGGCACCAGCAGGGCCCUAGACCAGGAGUACCUUACAGCCAGGCCCAGGGUAUGCCUCCACACCCAGGGGAUCCCUUCAAUAGACCCCCUGGUGGGCCUAGACCCCCUCAUGAAGUGUGGCAUGGGCCCCACCCUGGGAUGCCCCACCCCUACAGCCAGGCAGGGGCAGUACCACACCCAACCAGCCCCAGGGAGUUUCGGCUACCAGGGCCCGGCAUGAUACGCCCCAAGGAGGGAGGGUACGGACAGGGUGGCAUGACGCCCACUCCGCGUCCCCCUACCAGUGGUCAGAACAGUCAGCUGCAGCAGAUGCUGUCCACCGCGCCCAGGUUUGCUGACCCCAACCUCCAGGGACUGGACCCCAGCACGUCCACUGCAGUCCUUCACCAAAUGUUCUCCAGUCAGAGGUUAUAUUACCUCAGUCAAAGACAUCAACAGCCACAGGGUAGAAAUGCCACUGACUCUACCGUGUAUAAAACAGGGGCAGGGCCAGGAGAUGGAGAUCCCAAGUCAGAUGCACACCGCCAGCACCUGCGUGAGCUCCUUGCCACCAAGGCCAAGGAGAGCCAGAAACAGAAGCAGAUGGAGCAGCAGUUCAGAGAUGGUGGAGGAGCCAAUGUACCUUUACACCAUUGGCCCAGUGAAGAGGAAUUAGGACCACAGCAACCACAAGGUUCACAAGGUCAAAUGUCAGUAUCCCAAGGUCAGAUGCCAGUAUCCCAAGGUCAGAUGCCAGGCCCCCAAGGUCAGAUGCCAGGCCCUCAAGGUCAGAUAUCAGGUCCUCAAGGACAGAUGCCUGGUCCUCAAGGACAGAUGCCUGGUCCUCAAGGACAGAUGCCUGGUCCUCAAGGACAGAUGCCUGGUCCUCAAGGUCAAAUACCUGGUCCUCAAGGUCAAAUGCCAGGUCCUCAAGGCCAGAUGCAAAGGCCUCAAGGUCAAAUGCCAAUACCUCAGGGUCAGAUGCCAGGUCAGAUAUCCGGCAUGCCUAGGCCCCCACCCCCAGGGUAUCCAGGUGCUCAGUUUGGCCCACGUGGACCCCAGGGAGAGGGGGGCUGGCAGGAACAAAUGAUGAGACCACCACACCCUGGACAAAUAAGACCAGAUAUGGAAGGUUUUGGCCCCAGGGGUCCCCAGGGGGAGGUGAUGAGAGGUCCAGGUCCUGAGAUGAUGAGACCAGGGUACCCAGGUCAGUGGAGGAUGACACCCCCUGGAAUGCAGGGACCCAUGCCACCCCAUGGUGGACCCUAUCCACAGGGACAGUAUCCCCCAGGGUUUAACCCCAGACACCCGGGACAGCCCCCAUGGGAGUUCCAUCCUCAACAUAUGACGCCAGCUGAACAACACAGGACACCAUAUUUGAAGAUGUUUCAGGAGAGACUGAGGCAAACACAGUUACAAGCUGCCCAACAGCAACAACAAUUACAGCAGCAGCAACAACAACAACAGCAACAACAACAACAACAGCAACAGCAGCAACAACAAGGAACUCCUGGGACACCCCCUCACACCUCGGGGAAUCCUCUAGACCCCUAUGACCACCUGGUGCGGCAGAAGAUGCAGGGAACACCCCCUGCAGUAGGUGAAGCAAGGGUACCACCACACCCGCCUUCUAGACCCUCAAGUCAGCAGGCUUCACCCAGGGGGACACCCUACUCUACACCUCCUACAACUCCUCACCCGGGUCAGUCUACACCAUCUGCCAAUCACGGACAGCAAGGUCAAAGUCUGCAAAGUCAAGGACAGUCAGGUCAAGGUCAGGCAAGUCAAGGUCAGGCUUUACAAGAUCAAGAUCAGAUGACGCAAGGCCAGAGUCAGCAAGGGCAGAAAAAAGAUGGAUUAGAUGAGUUACUGCCUUCAGAUAACCUGAAUCUAUCAGAUUACUCUGACCCUGAGAUCCAGAGGGCGCUUUCAGAGGCCCAAGACAAGACCAUCUUUGAUGAACACCUAGGUCUCAGAGAAGAUGCAGAGAAAUCUGCUGCAGAAGAAACCUCUGGAAGAGUGGGUGCGUUCCAGGCACAGUUCCUGGAGUUCAGUAAAAAGAACAGUAAUAAGGAGAGUGAGGGAAAUGUGGAAGAUUCUGUAGGGCAAGAAAUGCCAGGAGAUAAAGCAUCACCAGUUGCUGAUGUGGGGAGCCAGGAGCAGAUUGCAGGAGGCGAGCCUAGUUCUGCUGAUGCAGAUAAGCCACCUGAGACUGAACCUUCUGAGGCUUCUGAAAGCACACAGUGCCCAGACGGACAUAACUGUCCUGGAGAUGAAAAUGUCCCUGCCACUAAUUCUGGUGCUGGACAAUGCCCAGAUGGACAUAACUGUCCUGGAGAUGAAAAUGACCCCACCACUAAUUCCGGGGCUGGACAGUGCCCAGAU